AUGUGGGGAACGAUCUGUGAUGAUAACUGGGACAUAGCUGAUGCUGAAGUGGUUUGUAGACAGCUGGGCUGUGGUCCGGUUAUAAGUGCACCAGGUUCUGCUCACUUUGGUCAAGGAGUUGGUCCAAUCUUGCUUGAUGAUGUUCAGUGCUCAGGAUAUGAAAGCUCUCUAACCAAUUGUUCACACAAAGGUUAUGGGAGACAUAACUGUGGUCACAGUGAGGAUGCUGGUGUGAUCUGUUCAGUGAACCUUCCAAAGCCCAACAUCUCUAUAAGCUCUGCUGAGGUCACCUGGGGUCAACAAGUCAGCAUCACUUGUUCUAUGGCCGCGACAACUUUCACCUCUUUAAGUGGGACAUUUAUCCUCCAACAAACUUCAGGAUCAUUUAGAAUGACUCAGUCAUCAUAUUUCUCCUCUGUUACCUUCAACAUCCCUAAAGUGACCCUGGAUCAUGAUGGAGAAUUCAAGUGUCAGUUUGAGAAAAGGAUGUCAAGUAAAACAUUCACCUCCCCCCUCAGUAACUCUGUUCGUCUCAAUGUGAGUCUGGAAAGACCCAACAUUUCCCUGACUUCACCAAAUGCAGGGUUGGUCUGGGGCCCAGGAGGAGCAGAGGUUACCAAGGGUUACGGCUUCUCCUUCACUUGCUCCAUUAACCCCACAUAUCCUCAGGGAGAUUUCUCUCUCAUCUUCUCUGGGUCCAACAUCACAGAAACCAGGCCAGCAGUCAACAACUCAGCCUCCUUCAACUUCCCAGCUGCUGAGUUUGAACACCAGGGCAACUACAGCUGUGUGUAUGAGAUUACCAUGACUACACAGAGGUUCAGUUCUGAUGAGACAGAACCCAUUACUCUCAUUAUUAAUUGUAAGUAA